AAUUGAUGAUAAAUUUUUCCUAAGUUUGGCAUCACUGAAUGAACAUCGGCUGAGGUCGUCACUUGUAUUUUAAAGGCGUUGUUCAUCAUCAUUUUCAAGUGUGAAAAGAAAAUUUGAUCGGGAAAAAAUUGGGAGAUAUUUAAUUUUUGCACAAAACAGAAAGUCUUCGUCGCAAGACCAUAAAUUGGUGUCAUCAAAUAAAUAUUUAUUGUCUACAAAGUCGAUAUUGGCGAGUGUGUGGCAGUAAAAUCAUCAAAUUCUAUCAAUGACGACGAUUCGGAAAAAAUUGGUUAUUGUAGGCGAUGGAGCUUGUGGUAAAACAUGCCUUCUGAUUGUCUUCAGUAAAGAUCAGUUCCCAGAGGUAUACGUUCCAACUGUUUUUGAAAAUUACGUUGCGGACAUCGAAGUCGAUGGCAAACAAGUUGAGCUAGCAUUAUGGGAUACGGCCGGCCAAGAAGAUUAUGACAGACUACGACCACUGAGUUACCCGGAUACGGAUGUUAUUCUUAUGUGUUUUUCAGUGGAUUCGCCCGAUUCAUUAGAGAAUAUUCCUGAAAAAUGGACUCCUGAGGUGAAACAUUUUUGUCCAAAUGUUCCGAUAAUUUUGGUAGGCAAUAAAAAGGAUUUACGAAAUGAUCCCAACACUAUUCGAGAUCUUGCCAAAAUGAAACAGGAGCCAGUUAAGCCUCAAGAGGGUCGCGCAAUGGCUGAGAAAAUUAAUGCCUUCGCCUAUUUAGAAUGUUCAGCCAAGUCUAAAGAAGGUGUACGAGAUGUGUUUGAAACGGCUACUAGAGCUGCACUACAAGUCAAGAAGAGGAAGAAGACCAAAUGCCUUUUGCUCUAAAAGAGCAAGUCUACAAUUUACAUACGCUACAUGCAAAACAAAAACAAAAAACACACUCCCAAUAUUUUGUUUCCUCUUUUUAUAACGGGCAUCAUUUCAAACGUGUAUUUGAUUG